AUGGCCGCCCGCAGCUCCCUCAGCCGGGCGCGGGCCUCCGCGCGGGCGGCGCCCGGGGGGCAGCGGGGCCACCUGGGCGGCGAGCCGCUGGAACUGGAGAAGCUGAAGCCUUACGAGGUGCUGGUGAACAUCUACGACCUGGACCUGAGUCUGUCGGACCUGCGGCGCCCAGACGGCCUGCCGCGGCUGCUGCAAGCCAAGCCCUAUGCAGGCGUGGAGAUCUACGGCCGCGAGUGGGGCUACAACUUUGUGGAGGAGGAAGUCUCCGGGAUCUCCGAAAGCAAACCCCGCAGGAGGCCGGAGCACAGCUACUGCGUGACGCUCGAAAUGGGCCGGUGCUCCUUGAGCGAGGAGGAGGUCUCGCAGCUCCUGGCGCGGAUGUGCCCCGCGUGGCGCGGCCCAGAGUACAACGACGUGCACAACAACUGUCUGGACUUCUGCGACGCCUUGUGCUGCGCGCUUGGCGUGGGCGUGCUGCCGCGGCCGCGUGACCGUGACGGCCGGGAUGUGAAGGAAGCGAAGCGGCAGGAUGCGAGCUGCAGCCUUUGGAGCUCCGUGAGCUCUUCCCUCCUCCACCAGCUCCGGGACGCCGUGCUGGGCCUCUUCGAUGCCCCAUCCACCUGCCGCGGCUGCGACGAGGAACCUCCUGUCCUGGUGCCGAAGUGCCAGGGGGGCUUCUCCCUCUCUCGGGAGCCCACCUACCUCCCGGCCAUCGCCGGCGCCAAUGGCGCCGUCGAGGGCGCCGCCUGCGACGCCGCGGCGCCGGCCUUUUGGCGCCUGCCCUCCGUGGGCACGUGGCUCCGCGCACGGCCGCGUGAGCCGAAAGGAGAAGGCGCGGCGCCCGAAUUCAGCGAAUUCAGCGAGGUUCGCGGCUUGCGAGACACUCAACAGGCGGGCGAAAGAAGUUUCCACGAUGCGCUGAGACGAGAGGUCGCGACACGCAUGGAGCUGAGAAGCUUCCGGCAGCUCAGCUUGGUGUGCGGGCAAGAGGUUCUGGGCGCCGAGAGCCCGUGGACCAAAGCAGCGAUCACGGUGGUGGUGCGGCAGUACGUGCAGUCACUUGAGGGCUCGGCGGAAGCGCACUCCGCGCGAAGCCUCCUUCGGGCCGCCCACGCGGGCGAGAUGGCGGAAGUCGAGGCGUUGCUGGAGGCGCCCUGCGACCCCGACGCCGUGAAGAAGGGCAGUCUGAGGACGGCGCUGUAUGCGGCAGCGGAGCAAGGCCACGUGGAUGUUGCCCGUUGCUUGCUGGCAGCCGGCGCUGACGUGAACAAGGUCGACGAGAACGGCAGAACGGCGAUGUAUGCUGCAGCCCUCAACGGGCACCAGGACGUUGUGCGCGAGUUCUUGGAGGCCGGCGCGGACAAGGACCACACGGACAACGAGGGCCAAACGCCGCUGCAGAUCGCCGCAACAUGCCGCCAUGUGGGAGCCGUGCGCUGCUUGCUGAGGGCCAGGGCCUUGGUGAAUCGCGUGGAUCGCGGCGGCUGCACACCUUUGCAUCAUGCUGCCAGGGAAGGACACCCGGAAGUGGUGCAGUGCUUGCUGGCCGCCGGCGCUGAGAAGGACCAGGCCGGCAAGGGAGGCGACACGCCGCUGCUCUUUGCGGCGGCCAAGAACCGGCCGGAAGUGGUUUCUUGCUUGCUGGAGGCCGGCGCUGAUAUGAACAAAGCCAAUAAAUCUGGCUUCACAGCCUUGCACGUUGCUGCAUCUUCUGGCCUCCGGAAGGUGUUUCGUUACAUGCUGGAAGCCGGUGCUGACAAGGAUAAGGCCAGCAAGGGCGGCCUGACAGCUUUGCAUUUCGUUGCCAUGAACGGGCAUCAGGAUUUCUUGAGUCGCUUGCUAGAGGCUGGAGCCGACAAGGACAAGGCCGAUGAUGAAGGCGCUACCCCCUUGCAUGCAACUGCAUUGAACGGCCACCAACGAUUGUUGCGCUGCUUGCUAUCAGCUGGCGCUGACAAGGAUAAGACUGACAAAGACGGGCGAACGCCUUUGAACAUCGCUGCCAGGAGCGGGCACCAAGAAGAGUUGAGUUGCUUGCUAGAAGCGGGAGCUGACAAGGACAAGGCGGAUCAUCAGGGUUUCACUCCCCUGCACGCUGCUGCGUUUUCGGGGCAGGAGCAAGCCCUAGGCCGCUUGCUGGAAGCUGGCGCUCACUUGGAUUUGACGGACAAAGAGGGUCGAACCCCAAUGAACGUCGCUGCUUGGCACGGGCACACCUCUGCGGUGCAACGAUUGCUGGAAGCCCGCGCUGACAAGGACAAGGCCGACCGGCACAGCUGCACGCCCUUGAUCGCUGCAGCUCGAAACGGUCAUGAGGAAGCCGCGCGGCGCUUGCUGGAGGUGACUUGA